UCGAAACCUAAACGGGUUAGCUACAUGUGUUGAUUGCCUUGAUAAACUGGUGUGUUUGGGCUGGAGAGGAACGAGGAACGGAAUUGGACAGUACGUGCUCUGUUUGUCACACCCCCUCGGUUCAAAGUGAAGCCUUCCCCAUCAGAGAGAGGGACCUACACAGCUGUACGAUACAGUAGCGCGCUGCAUUUGAGAACCCGGUCAAAUGAAACCGCAUUGAAUUCACUGUUCUUGUACGCAGUGUGCUUUGGCACUGUGGCCAAACUGCAAAACGAAACUGAUAGAAAGGCUCGCUUUAAGUUCUUUUAUUUUGUUUUUUGCCUGGAUUGCUCCCAAUUCUUCGAAAGCAUUUUGUCAGCGACACUGACAGCAACGGAGCUCGCGGUCACCAAAGCUGUGAUCCGUCCUCAGCCGCAGGAGAAUUGCGACAAUAAUCUGGAACUAGGCUGUUCUUCUGAGAUCUUCUGAGAUCUUUUGAGGUCUUCUGCAGCGAUGUCCAAGACGACCAGAUCAGCCUCGUGCUCCCGGUCCAGGUCCAGGUCCCGCUCACCGACCCGAUCCCGAUCCCGAAGCCGAUCCAGAUCCCGAUCAAGGAAACGACGAUACAGCUCCAGGUCUCGCUCCAGGUCUCGUUCUCCUCACGGCCAGGGCCGGAACCCCCCCAGGGAGUACCAGAACAACCGGGGGUUCCGUGGGUUCCACCGCGGGUUCCGCAGGCCGUACUACUUCCGCGGCCGUGGGCGGGGCUUUUUCCCGCGCGGGCGCUACCAGCGUGGCAGCGGGGGCGGUGGAUACAACAACAACUACCGUCCCAACGGCUGGCAGAACUACAGACAGCACCCCCAGCAGAACCAGAACCAGCACCAGCAGUACUACCCUCACAGCCCCAGGAGAGGGCGCUCUCGCAGCCCUAAGAAGCGCUCGGGGAGCCCUCGCUCCCACAGCCACUCAGACCGCUCCUCCUCGCCCCGGUCCAGGCACCGCUCCCCCUCCUCCUCCUCCUCCUCGUCACGUUCCUCCUCCCCCAGGCGGAAGUCUGCGGGCGGGGCGGGCCGGCUGAAUGCCAGGGAUGUGAGGGAGGAGGAGAGGGAGGCCUCCAAGGAGGGUCAGAAGGGAGGAGGAGGCGGGGGAGGUGAGGAGGCCGCUCCGCUCACAGGGGGUGCUGGGGGGGCCGAGGAGGCUGAGGAGGGAGCUAGCGCUAACGGUAACGCUAAGGCUAACAAGGCCGUGGGCAGGUGGCAGGGUCUGACCGACUACAGCACCAGCCCCAGGAGAGAGGGCUCUCUGUUCCCAGCUGCCACGCCUGGCCAGGCCCCCCCGGCCCAGGCCCCCCCGGCCCAAGCCCCCCCGGCCCAGGCCCCCCAGGCCAGCCCCCCUCCCCACAGCUCUGGUGAUGCUGGAAACGGGGGCCCCUCCUCCAGGAGCCCCUUGUUCUCUGGCUUCGGCUUCUUCUCCAAAGAGGACAGCCUGGCAGACAAGGAAGCCAUCUCGUCUGCCUUCAAAAAGUUUUUGGAAGAACACAAUAAUAAGAAAAAGCUCCAGUCGGCCUUGGAGAACGGCCGGGAGAAAGGGCCGAACGGCGUGGAGGCGGAGCCGGGGAAGGGGACCGGCAAGCCCCCCGAGGCGUCUGUCCCGCGAGCCCUCAGAGCCGCUGGCGAGGCGCAGAGAGAGCGCAGGUAUGAGAGGGAGGCCAGCGAGACCAGCGAGGCUGGUGUGUAUCUCAGCAGCUUCCUGAAAGACUCUCCCUUCCUCUGCGAGGACGAGGAGAGGGAGGAGAGGGAGGAGAGGGCACCCAAACCCCGCCCCAAACAGCCCCGCCAGGACGCCAGGCCAAACGAGGACGCCGGGCCGAGGGGCAGGGCGACGCGCUCGGCCCGCCAGCUGUUCGAGGAGCGUUUCGGCCAAUGGGAGGAGCUGGCGUAUGCGCCGGCCGCCAGAGACGAUGACCUCGAGGCUGAGGGUCACACGGGCAGGAAGCAGGAGGCGGCUAUAGCUGCCGUGCUGGCCCAGAGAAAACAGGCGGCCAUGUUUUCUGGCUGCCCCUCCCCCGAGAAAGGGAGCAGGGCUAGGAGGAAGGAGAGGGCUGUGUCCAGCCCCUCGCCCUCCCCCUCGCCUCCCCCCAGGAGGAACUCUGACAGGGAAAAGUUCCUGCUCAGGGGGGACUCACCCCCAAGGGCUUCUGGGAAAAAAGGAGAGUUCUGUGUGAGAAUGGACGGCCUCAGGGAAGGCAUUGCCAGCUCCUCCAAGGCGGUGUUGGGCGAGCGGCGUGCGUGUCGUGACCUGGGGCUGCUCUCAGAGCAGGAGGGCUUCUGCACCUCCCUCCGUCACGCUCACAGGAGCCCCGCCGAGCUGUACGCCCAGCACAUCGUUACCAUCGUCCAUCGCAUCAGAGCACAGCACUUCUCCUCGUCAGAAAUGACCCUCAACGAGAGGUUUGCCAUGUACCAGAGGAGAGCAGAGGAGAAGGAGAUGGAUAAGCCAAGGAAGAGUCCAGAGAUACACAGGAGAAUUGAUGUUUCUCCGAGUGCUUUUAAGAAACAGUCUCACCUCUCUGAGCGGAUGAGAAACUCCGAGGACGGCAGUUACAAGAACCACGGCAGAGCGACCAGGAGCGACUCCAACGACCUCCGGCUGGAUAUUGAGCGCCGUAAAAAGCACCCCACCCAGGAGCAGGACUGUAAACGGGGAGGAAGGGGGCGGAGGGAGGAGGGCGACUCUCCUGACUCUGGGAGAGAGCAGUUGGCUGAGAAGUCGUCCAGACACCGAAAGAAAUCAAAGAAAUGUAAGAAGAAGCAUUCUCGCUCCUCCUCCUCCUCUUCAUCUGACUCCGAGGGGGAGGCUGGAGUGGUGUUCCCCCAGGAGGAGGCCCCCCCUAGAGAGGAGGGCUUCAACAGGGCUCGUCUGGGGCCCCGGGACGCAGGGGGCCCCGUGGAGAGGGGGCAGCCGCGCGGAGGAUUUCAGCUCAGAAUAAGAGGCCGAGGCUGGAACCGAGGGAACUACCAGGGGAACCACCAGGGGAACCACCAGGGGAACGGAGGGGUCCCCUCAAACGUGCCCCCACACGCCAACAACGAGGACUGGGACCCCGAGUUCACCCCCAAGAGCAGGAAGUACUACCUGACCACAGCUCUCCUCAUCUCUCCUCCUCAGCAUGACGACAGGGACGAGGAAGGGAACAGGAGGUGGUUCGACAACCGGGGGCGAGGACGGGGUUACUUCCCCCGCGCGAGAGGCCGUUUCCUGGUCCGGAAAGGUCCGCCGGGCACCAGCAGCAACGGGAGUCCCCGCUGGAGCCACGACAAGUUCCUGGGGACCAGGGAGGUGGGGCAGGAGGAGGGGGGGCAGGACCACAAAGAGGGGGGGCAGGAGGGGGUUAUGGACACCUCUGAGCAGUGAGGGGGGGCA